GUAUGAGUGACAGAAAAGCGAAGGAACGUCUGCGCUAUCGUCGUAUCAGAUAAUAUCUAUACGUCACUAAUAGUGAAUAUCCGGUGCCUCAAGUGAUUCAAGCGUGUAACAGGAGGACUACAGUGUGUGUUCUGACGGAGAAAACGUUUUGUAAUGGAUCUGCCUGUCCAUGCGCGACUGCGCGUGUCUAAACAAAUGACUGGUAGAUUGUGGGUUAAUAGGGCGAGUUUUCCAGACGGGGCGGGGCCAAGUGCUCGGAUGUAUUUGAUUGGCUGCCUCUCACCGUUACAUGGAUUCAGGGGUGAGUUCACUCUACUUGACGCACAAAAGGGGGCGUGCCAUUUGCGAAAUCAGCUGUAGAAACAAUAACACUCCUGUGAACGCCCCAAAAUGAAAGCUUACCUAUAAAUGUCAAUAAUUCUAGGACCAAGAGGCAUCUUAGUGAGAGUGUGGGAAUUCUAGAUGUAGGGAAAUUAACGGUUCAGGUUCUUCACUGCAGUUUGAAAACUUGUUUCAGAGGAUCUCUAUCAGCUCAGCUGGAAGGCGAGUGUGAAAAUGCUGCCUUUGUGACAGCCGUGACAUCCCAGUGAGUUUAACACAAAACAAGUCGAGAGUUUUUCCAGAGACGUCCUAAUAUUUUCAAGGUUUUAUUUGAUCUCCUGCGCUCGGUUUAACGGGAGCGAACCACGAGCGGACUGGCAUGUGGGUCAAUUCUGGAAGCGUCGGAAGGGCCCUCUCCAUGGAUAUAGACACAGACUAUGAGCGACCUAAUGUGGAGACCAUUAAGUGUGUGGUUGUGGGUGAUAACGCGGUGGGCAAGACCCGGCUGAUCUGUGCCCGUGCCUGCAAUGCCACCCUAACUCAGUACCAGCUGCUUGCCACUCACGUGCCAACUGUCUGGGCCAUCGACCAAUACCGCGUGUGCCAGGAGGUGCUGGAGAGGUCACGAGAUGUGGUGGAUGAGGUCAGUGUCUCCCUCAGGCUGUGGGACACGUUUGGAGACCACCAGAAAGACAGGCGCUUUGCUUACGGCAGAUCAGAUGUGGUAGUGCUGUGUUUCUCUUUGGCCAAUCCCAACUCCCUGCGCCAUGUUCGCACCAUGUGGUUUCCUGAAAUUAAGCACUUCUGCCCCCGCACCCCAAUCAUCCUGGUGGGCUGUCAGCUGGACCUGCGCUACGCUGAUCUGGAUGCUGUUAACAGGGCUCGCCGGCCCCUGGCAAAACCCAUCAAACCCACAGACAUCCUGCCCCCAGAGCGAGGCCACGAGGUCGCUAAAGAACUUGGCAUUCCAUACUACGAAACAAGCAUUGUUGCUCAGUUCGGUGUCAAGGAUGUGUUUGACAAUGCUAUCCGUGCUGCACUCAUCUCUCGACGCCACCUUCAGUUCUGGAAGUCACAUCUAAAGAAAGUCCAGCGUCCCCUCCUUCAGGCCCCCUUCCUUCCCCCCAGACCACCUCGACCUGUGGUGGGCAUCCCUGAUCCACCUCCCAUGGAUGGAGAAGGUCCAGACUCUCUCUUCUGCCAGCCCUUGUGCGCAGACGUCCUGUUUCUUCUCCAGGGCGGGGCUAUUCGUGUCUUUGCCCACAAGGUCUAUCUGGCCACCUCCUGCUCAAAGUUCUAUGACCUCUUUACGAUGGAUCUUGGGGCAGCUGAGGAGGAGAAGGAGGGUGAAGAGUGCAUGGAGGGGAGUGAGGAAGAGGAGCAAAGCCGAAGGGGAGCCAAAGAACAGGCUGGGCGUACCAAGAGCCUGGACAUUGAUAAGGAAGGUGAAGGGGGUGCCAGGAGUUCCAACAAGCUGCUCAUGUUGCAGCAAGGCUCUCUGAGGACAUCACAGAGCGAUAACGCUCUGCCUGCCAGAAGCCAAUGCUGUAUGGGACCCCACAGAGCAGGACGUACUCUUUUGGGAUGGGGACGGGGUUUCUUAGGGGUAUACUUGGAGAUAGUGGAUGACCCUGUGACAGGUCGGCCGAGACUCAUGACAGUGGUGUCCAUGGAUGAUCUCAUUCAGAAAGGCCCUUUCCAGGCAGUACUGCAGUACCUUUACACAGGUCACCUGGAUGAGAGACGUGGGGACCUGAUGCAAGUGGCCACAAUCGCUGAACUUCUGGAGGUCUUCGACCUGCGGAUGAUGGUGGCCAAUGUGCUGAAUCGUGAGAGCUUUAUGAACCAGGAGAUCACAAAAGCCUUCCAUGUGCGUCGUGCCAACCGCAUCAAAGAGUGUCUGAGCAAGGGCACCUUUGCUGAUGUGGUGUUUCAAUUGGACGAUGGAUAUCUGCCGGCCCACAAGCCACUGCUCAUCUCAAGCUGUGACUGGAUGGCAGCCAUGUUUCGAGGAUCCUUCAUGGAGAGCUACAUUGAGGAGGUGUCUAUCCCAAACACCAGUUGUGCUUGUAUGAGAGCAGUCCUGGAGUUUCUCUACUGUGGCUUAUUGACACCAGGUCCUGAACUGGAGCCAAUGGACCUUAUAAUACUGGCCAACCGCCUCUGUCUUCCCCGCCUUGUUGCUCUAACAGAGCAACAUGCCAUUGAGGAGCUGUUGCAGCUGUCUGUUAAAGGAGUGGACAUUGAUGGACAGGUGCUGGCCUAUGUGGAGAUGGCUCAGUUCCACAAUGCCAAACAGCUCUCUGCCUGGUGUCUACAUCACAUCUGCACUAACUACAAUAAUGUUUGCCGCAAAUUCCCCAAAGACAUGAAGACCAUGUCUCCUGAGAACCAGAAACAUUUUGAGAAGAAUCGCUGGCCACCUGUCUGGUUCCUCAAGGAGGAAGACCGCUAUCUGCGCUCUCAAAAAGAGCGAGAGCGUGAGGAAGAGAUCUUACGCAAGCAGCACACCAAACGGAGCUGGUGCUUCUGGAGACAUCCAUCCUCCUCAGCACCCCAUAUUUCUUGAGGGUUUACUUCCAUCCAUCCAUCCAUCCAUUGAUCCAUUCAACCACCCCCUCCCUAACCCUCACCCAUAUCCAUCCAGAGGCAUGUAGGCUGAGCCUGGGGGAGCUCUGUAUCUGUAUACAAUUUGUCCAUCCUGGCUGAUGGACGUUAAUCUGGGACCUCUGAAUUUUUGCCUUCCCUCCCCAACCUGGGUCUAAAUGGGUGGCCCUACGCAUAAGUGUCUCCAGAUUGGAGAAAGACUUGAAUCUUUCUCACUCUAAAUCUCACUAUGCGAAUGCAACAGGUGUGAGGUCUCGCCACAGGAUCAUGAAGGGAAUGCCAUCAGUGAAGUGGAUUGCUUUCACCUCUUCAGACUGUUACUGUUAUACAUACACACACUCACACCGGCACCUUGUCUAAGCGCUGGCGCCCAGGCAGAUGGAUGCUGCAUGGUGCUGCUGUGUUGAGCUUUUUCUGCGAGACCUAUUUCUGGGAAAACCAUCAUUUUCAAUGCAUACUAUCUGAAAUGCAGCUCAAGCUUUGAAUACAACUAGCAACUAAAAUGGUGGCAGGGAUAUAUAAAUUAUUUUGUUAAAAUAAGGGGUAGUAAUUGCCCCUCUUUCAAACCUAUGUCUUGCCUACAUUCUCACUAAAAGAUAUCUCUAGUUUGGAUCUUUCAUUGCCCCAUAUUGGCUCUGCAUACCAAUUGUGUUGCCUACUGAAGAACUGUUUUCAAUUUAAAUAGUUUUUUGUGUAAUUAACACUUCUUAAAGCAGUUGACCAGGGGCAGGAACAGAAGGGUUGCAUAGUUUGCGUCUGUCACUCAUAAAAGCUCUUAAAAAAACAAAACAAAAAAACACCAAAGACAGACAUGUCAUUUAGACACAAACGCCUUACCAAAAUCUACUGAAACAAGACAAAACUUGACAGCAAGUGAACUACUAAAAUUAGGGCUAUUUUUACCACUGCCAUGAGAGUAUUAAUCACAGCUGUUGUGUGAUUUUCUGUUUUAGUGAGUUGAUUAAUUCCUGUGAUAUAUGUCCACUAAUGAGCUUCUCGACUUGCUUGCCUUCCACCUCCACCACUGGGGGGCGCCCAUGCCUUCUGAGUUAACCCUUCUUUACAACAUAUUAGUUACUAAUAAGUUUCACAAUCAUAGUUCAGAUACAUACAUCUGUGCAGUUCAGAAUCCAUGCAAAAUACACACAUUGUAGUACUACUUUUUAAAAUUUUGGCUAUAGUGAAACAUGUCUGAUAAACCAUAAAGUUGAUUGUGAUGUUUCAUAUUCUAUGCUAAAAACAAAUCUGCUCCCCGCUGGUAUUCCUCUGAUCCUCUACCUCUGCUGUUAGCUAAAAAGAAGGAGAGGUAGAAACUAUUAACCCUGUAGUGUUUGAUAUGUUGCAAUGUGAUGCUUCAUGGUUAGAAUCUCAAUUUGCACUUUACACAUGCAGGUAAAAUUAAUUGGUGCUCAGGAUUAGCCUGCUAAACAUCAAAGUGUUCAACCACUCUCUUAUGUCUUUCUACAAGUUUACCUGUUUGACAAUCUUAAUAACAGAAUAGCCUGACAUAAGCUGUAAAUUCAAAGUGCAUAUUUCUUUUUUUUUUUAUUAUUAUUAUAAGCUUUAAUGAUUUUAAUUUUGAGCAUUGUACUUUGUUAAAACAGGUUUUGUGGUUAAAUUGACACUGUGGUUAAAUUAAUGCACCCGUUUCUCUCAACUUGGUUCGUUCUUUUUUAGAUGUGCAUGCGCUGGGAAGCAUUUGUCAGAAUCCACAUUGAAUCUGAAUGCCAGAGCCUGUCUGAACUGCCUUCCAUCUAAAAUAUGAGUGCCUAUGACCAUGUUAAACUUUCCCCUUCUACAUCCAAGUAGACUCAUUCUUUAAUUAUUUCUCUGCAAAGCAUGUUUGUUCUGCCUGUUUUGUGCCUUUGAACAAGAGUUUUAUUAAUUGCUACUUUGGAGGUGAAAGAGAAAUCUGAGAUAUUUAAGUUUUUCAUGGCACCUUUUUCUAUUUCUGGCACUCUGAUUUUGCUUCCUCAAGGCUGCAUCCUGCUCUUCUCACCAGACAAGUUGAAAUCAUCAACAGCUACAAAAAUAGACACGCAGAGCCCAUGUGCACUUACAGGCCGAUCUGCACACAAAUAAUGAAUACAUUUUUAAAAAGAAGAUGAAAAUGGAGGGCAGAUACUUUCCGUCUGUAUGCUAUCAUUGUUUGCGUCUCAAAAAAAUAAUUUUUAAUCAGUAUUUUUACCUUGUUUUCCAUUUAAAAAUAUCAACAUCUUAAAACAAGAUACAUUUGUUUGAAGUAAAAUUGUAAGAAAUAAGAAUAAUGUAUCUUAAGUUGGGUUUUUUUUCUCCUUGUUUUAAAGGGAUAGUUCACCCAAAAAUGAAAAUUCUCUCAUCAUUCAGUCAACCUCAUCCCCGAUGUGACUUUUUUCUGCAGAACACAAACAAAGAUUAGAAGAAUAUCUCAGAUUUGUAGGUCCAUACAAUGCAAGUGAAUGAUGACCAGACCUUUCAAGCUAAAAAAAAAAAAAAAAAAAAAAAAAGGCAGCAUAAAAUUAAUCCAUACGACUCUAGUGGUUUUAUAUAUGUCUUCUAAUGUGAAGCAGUCACUUUGGGUGAGAAGAAACCGAUCAAUAUUUAAAUCCUUUUUUUAACUUAAAAAAAAUAUUGAUCUAUUUCUUACCCACACGUAUCACAUCACUUCUGAAGAUAUGGAUUUAACCACUGGAGUCUUAUGGAUUACUUUAUGCUGCUUUUAUGUGCUUUUUGGACCUUCAAAAGUUCUGGCCACCAUUCACUUGCAUUGUAUGGACCUACAGAGCUGAAAUAUUCUUUAAAUAAUCUUUGUGUUUAGCAGAAGAAAGAAAGUCAUAAACAUCUGGUAUGGCAUGAGGGUGAGUAAAAAAAGGGUGAACUAUCCCUUUAAGCAUAAAUCGAACAUUUAGUGAGGAUUAUGGUUAAUAAGAAAAACACAUAAUUUCCCAAUGGGGUAGAUAUUUUAAUAUUCUUUAAACAGUUUUGCUCCUCAAGUGUUUUAAUUAUGUUUAAUUAAUUUUACUGAGAAAAAUAAUACAAAAAACUCAGAUUAAAUAAAUUUUUUUGUGUGAUCAAAGGUUUUUACAUUUAACUAUCCCUCAGAAAAUUAUUUAAUUGGCACUUUAUAGAAUCAUUCCACUGUCCGCAAAUACUUUUUAUAAUAAUACAACUUCUGCCGUAUUUAUGGGGCAAACAAAUUAUUGAUUGUUUAUAGAAGCACUCACAAAGAUACUACACCUAUGGGCUCUAUAAUUAGUAGAAUGAGGAAUGUAUGCCUUUACGGUUUAUUUGCAGACUGGCUCUGCAAAGAAUUCUGUACUUAAUCACAGCUCUUCUGUUCUGGAUAGCUGCUAUCUGCCAAUAAAAGAUGCUCUAGGUCUUUGCAUUGGCUUCUUGAGCUAAGUUAAAGAAAUAUCAACCCAUAAAAGUAAAUUAGAUGCUUAGAGAACACUAAAACUAAUAAAAAUACUACAAACAUCAGCAUACUUCUUGGGAUGGAAAGCUUUGUUGCCGUGGUGAUUUCGGGCUUGUUAGCACUUUUUUUUUUUUAAAGGUUUGGUCUGCCUGUGAUUUGCAUGGCAUUGACUGUUUUUACACUAUGGCUUUUUAAAAGAGGUUACAUUUUGUAGCAUUGAACGUUUUUCUUCCAUUAAAAUGGUGCUUCUGAUGGCCCCAUAUAUUUCGUGCUUACGGGAAAGAGAAAAAAACAACUCUCAUGCUUUCAAUAAGACUUUGAUGUCUGUUGUUGAAGGCUUCAAAGUCUUUGUGCUUUAAUCAAAUAUGCCUUCGUUAACUCUUGAUUCACAUGUGACUAUUUAUUUCAGUACCAUUAAGGAGGUUUAGUUUCAUAUAAACAGUAUUAGAGAGGACCCAUUUGCCCUUAAUGUGAGUUUUAAGAGGAGACGUUGGUUUAGGCACUCAACAGUGGCUCUAACAACAUUAAAAGAUUCCUGCUAACAGUAUACCUGUUUGUUAGAUAUGCACUUUAGCUUAAAAUUUGAUACAAAGUUCUUUCAAUUUAACAAUAAUCGUCUUGAGUGCAAACUGUAAAGUAUUUAUCAGUGCACGUUUACAGGUAAGAUGUGCAUGGUAGUGGUGUAAAUGAAUGCUAGCUUGGGGGUUAGCAUGUAGUUAUGUAUAAUGAUAGCUUUCAUUAUUAUGGAAUUAAUGCAUUUUGUCUUUUUGAAAAAGAAUAGAUAUAUGAUCCAUCCAGAACGCUCAUAUGUAAUUUUGAAUAAUUGUCAGUAAGUCAAUGGUGUAAGGCAGGGGUGUCAAACUCGGUUCCUGGAGGGCCACAGUCCAGCAGAGUUUAGCUCCAACCCUAAUUAAACACACCUGAAGCAGCUAAUCAAGGUCUUCAGGAGUGCUUGAAGAUUACAAGGAGGCAUUUUGGAGCAGGGCUGGAACUAAACUCUGCAGGCUGCGGCCUUCCAGGAAUUGAUUUUGACACCCCUGGUGUAAGGGGUGAAAUGUUGCACAUCAUGUUUUGUUUUUUUGUUUUCUUUUCAAUAUGACUUUGGUUUAGGUAUUUAGGUUUUGUUUUUUUUCUCAAAGUACUAACGCCAGAGAGCAGUUACUGUUCAUUUGUAUUUUUUUUUCUCAACUGAAAAUGUUAACCACUUACUGCUUGUAAAAUGUAAUACUGACCUGAUUUCUUGGGCAGAGACCACUUCAAACCCUCCUCAGUUCCCUCUGUUUUAACACAGAACCAGCUUUCUAUCUUUGUAAUGUACUUUGAAAUCCACCCUCUCCAUUAAAGAAAAGGGUUGUAUUGCAUCUCUGAUAAAUGAAUAAGUCAAUUACAAUGAAGCACUUAGUUCCCUUGACAGACAAUGUCCCUCUUCACACUUGUGGUGAGGUGUUCUGUCUAAGUGGUCCUUGCCAUUUUUCAUCCUCUUAAGGUAAGGGCCGUGUUCCUCACUGCCUGUUCGGUUGACCCCUCCCUUGACCUCUCUUCCUCUUUCAAAUCUGUGACUUUUUAAAGCUGUUUUGCACUUUGUGGUUUUCUUUUUUUUAACUGUUAAAUUUAAAGGAAUAUUGUUUCUUGUCCUGAACCAGAAAGUUUAUGUUACUGUUCUGUAAUUAUUGUUCUUGUUCUGAACCAGAAAAGGCACACACACCAUACACACUAUUAAGGGCUUUUAAAAUACGAAAUCAGAAUGUUUUUGCUGCUGUUGCAAAAAACAAAACAAAAAAUUUAUUGAAUCCUUUGUAAUAUUUUUAAACAACUGUGAUUUGUACAAAAUGGAGCAAAAAAGAAAAAAAAGGGGGGGUUGGAUAAAGGUUAUCUGUUUCAGUAUUUUAAUGUUCGCUUGGCUUUUAAUAAAACUUAACUGAACUAUUCAAACUCA